CAAAAAAUUCACUUUUAAAUAUGCUACAUUUUUUAUGGGGAGGGGAGGGAGAGGGGAAGAAAAUUAAUUGGGUUAGUUGGGAGAGGGUAUGUAGAUCAAAGGAGGAGGGAGGUUUAGGAGUAAAAGACUUGAAGAAGUUUAAUGUGGCAUUGAUGGGAAAAUGGUUGAGUAGGUUGGCAAAUAUGGAAGAGGGCUUGUGGAAGAGUGUCAUUGUAGGAAAAUAUGGAGCAGAAGGGGGACACUGGCUGGAUUGGGUACGUGAUGGCAGGAACAUAGGAUCGCUAUGGUGGAGAGAUGUCCGAAGACUCAAGGCCGGGGAGGGAGUGAAUGCGAGAUGGUUGUGGGAGGAUUUUAAGCUGAAGAUAGGGGAAGGGAGAGGUGUUAAAUUCUGGUGGGAUUCAUGGUGUGGGGAGGAGUGUCUAGCUAACAAAUUUCCAAGACUGUAUUUAUUGUCAACAGGGAAAGGAAAAGAAUGUCAUGAAAUGGGUAAUGCGGAGAGGGCCACAUGGAAAUGGCAUUUAACAUGGAGACGGAAGUUGUUUGAAUGGGAAGAAGAAGCAGCUCGAGAACUCAAAGGGAUGAUUGAAGAAGUGAAGAUCACACCAGGCUGCCCAAAUAGAUGGAAAUGGUGUCAUAGCAAGGAAGGCCAAUAUUUAACAAAAAUAGCUUAUCAAAGGCUUUCAAUGCCAAGGAAGAACCCAGAGGAAGAAAAAUUAUUUAAAAGGGUUUGGAAUCCCAUCGUCCCUAGUAAAGUGGCCGCGUUUAACUGGAAAACAUUGCUGGACAGAAUCCCAACCAAGUUAAAUCUGAUCAAAAGGGGAGUUAUCAAAGAUAUGGCUGAAGGUAAUUGUGUCUUAUGCGAGGAAGAGACCGAAGAUGCUGACCACCUAUUCUUAAAAUGUAGAGUAGCUAGAAGAUUGUGGCAAGCAUGCGCAAACUGGUGGGGAACAAACUUUACACUUCACAGAUAUUGCUGGACAACAUUUCAACAUUUUGGGACAUGGACUACAAAACCACACAUUUCAAAAGGGUGGGACUGCAUAUGGAAUACAGUCUUGUGGACUAUAUGGAUGGCACGAAACGGAAAGGUUUUUCAUGAUUCAAAGGUAAACAAAAGUAAUCUUUUUGAGCUUAUUCAAUUGAGAUCUUUUGCUUGGGUUAAAGCAAGGAAAGCUAGGUGUUAUUUUAGUCUUUCGGAUUGGAUGAUUGAUCCUACUUCUUGUCUAUUAGUAAAUUGUAGACGAAAGUAGUAAUGAUUCGAAAGAUAGGAGUAACAUUGAAGGGCUGGCUUUUUGUAUUUGUAGUAAGGGUUUGAGUAUCCCUUGUACUCAGUUUUUUUCAUCAAUGAAUUAUCCAUUUGCUG